CUCAGGGGCCUGGCGUCUGCAAGGGGCACCUCCACCCGUGUCCGAGCUGAGUGAGUCAGGGCGAGGGUGGUCGGCGCGGAGGUAUCCGAGCGGCCCCGGCCCCGAGAGCGGCGGAGGUGGAGUGGAGUGUGGAGAGCCCGCGUGUAGGGGGAGAGGCCGGCAGGGGAGCGGCGGAGGGACCCCCGCCCCUCGCCGGCGGAACGCCGCUCCAGGGGGUCCAGGCGCCUCAGGCCGCCGCGGCAGGGUGGCUGCGUGGAUGAAGGCUUUAACGAUUUUGCCUGCCUCCUUGGGACAAGCUCAGAGAUCUAAUGAUAGUCAUCAAGCAGCUCCUUCCUGAUGGGCCUCAGGUCUCGAUUUCCUUUGAGGACGUGGCUGUGCUCAUCUCCCGGGAGGAGUGGGGAUGUCUGGGCCCUGCUCAGAGAUGCCUUUACAGGGACGUGAUGCUGGAAACCUAUAGAAAUCUGGUCAUGCUGGGACUUCAAGGUUCCAAACCUGAUGUCAUCUCCAGGCUGGAGAAAGGGGAAGAACCAUGGGCCCCACACUCACUGAGAAUUGAGGAGGGCUGGAUCCAGAGUCAUAGGAGUGAAAGUUUUGAGUCUCAAAUGGAAAAGAAGGAAUUAACUCCAAAGCAGGAAAUUUCCAAAGCAAUGGAGUCUCAGAGAACAAAAUCAGAAGAACAUGUAAGAAAUGUAUUCAAGAAAUCUGAUUUUGAAGAGAUGUGUAAAACUGAGGGAAAGAUAAAGAAUUACUGGAAAAAAUCUGCAGUGGAAGGAUUUCAGAAAUCCUUCUCCCAGAAGAACAAUUCCAAGCCAGUGACAUUGACACCUGUGAAAACCCCUAUUAGGAGAGAAGGCCAGAUAUCCAAUCCCGUGGAGGUAAACUGCACUGCAGACCCAAACCCUGUCAGAUUUCAUAGAGGGUCUAGAGGGGAGAGCCUCCACCAGAGUGUGCCAUGUGUAGAUGACUUUCACCAAACUCAGGACCUCAUUAAUCUUCCAUGUUUCCAUCUAGAAGAAAGAUCGUGUCAGACAGAUGUGUUUGUGAAAGUGGCCAGGCAGAGUUCAGUUCUUGUCAAAAAUCAGAGGGUUAACAAUCCAAAGAAAUCCAUUCAGUGUACUGAGUGUGGAAAACCAUUCAGCUGGAGUAGAGGUCUUUCUCAACAUCAGAAAAGUCACACUGGAGAGAAGCCCCACACCUAUGCUGAGUGUGGCAAAUCUUCCAGGGCUUGUUCCUACUUCAUUCAGCACCAUAACAUUCACACUGGAGAAAGACCUUAUGAAUGCAGUGAAUGUGGAAAAGCUUUCAGUGCACGUUCAUCUUACAGUCAACAUCUUAAAAUUCAUACUGGGCAGAAACCUCAUGAGUGUAAUCAGUGUGGGAAAGCCUUUAGUCAUAGCUCUAACCUGAUUCAUCAUCAGAGAACUCAUAGUGGGGAGAAACCUUACAAGUGUAAGGAAUGUGGGAAAGCUUUCAGUAGACAGUCACACCUCCUUCAACAUGAGAGAACUCAUUCUGGAGAGAAACCUUAUGACUGUACUGAGUGUGGCAAAGCCUUCAGUGCACGAUUAUCUCUCAUUCAACAUCAGAGAAUUCACACAGGAGAAAAACCCUAUGAAUGCAGUGAAUGUGGGAAAUCCUUUAGCUUGAACCGAACUCUUACUGUUCAUCAGAGAAUUCAUACUGGAGAGAAACCCUAUAGGUGUAAUGAAUGUGGAAAAUCCUUCAGUCAACGUUCCCAAGUCAUUCAGCACAAGAGAAUUCACACUGGUGAGAAGCCUUAUAUAUGCAAUGAAUGUGGAAAAUCAUUCAGUGCUCGCCUGUCCCUUAUCCAGCAUCAGAGAAUUCACACUGGAGAAAAACCUUACAGAUGCAAUGAGUGUGGGAAGGCGUUCAGUCAAAAAGGACAUCUGAUUCAGCAUCAGCGAAUUCACACUGGAGAGAAACCCUAUGAGUGUAAUGAGUGUGGAAAAGCCUUCAGCCAGAGUUUCAAUCUCAUUCAUCAUCAAAGGACACACAAUGGUGAGAAGCCCUAUGAAUGUAAUGAGUGUGAUAAAGCCUUCAGUGUGCUCUCUUCCCUUGUUCAGCAUCAGAGAGUCCAUAAUGGUGAGAAGCCCUAUGAGUGUCACAAAUGUGGGAAGGCUUUUAGUCAAGGCUCACACCUCAUUCAGCAUCAGAGGAGCCACACUGGAGAGAAACCCUAUGAGUGUAAUGAGUGUGGGAAAACUUUUGGGCAGAUAUCCACCCUAAUUAAGCAUGAGAGAACGCACAAUGGGGAGAAGCCCUAUGAGUGUGGAGACUGUGGAAAAGCCUUCAGCCAGAGUGCACAUCUUGUCCGCCAUCGAAGGAUUCACACUGGAGAGAAUCCCUAUGAGUGCAGUGACUGUGGGAAGGCCUUCAAUGUCCGCUCCUCUCUCAUCCAGCAUCACAGAAUCCAUACAGGGGAGAAGCCUUAUGAAUGUGAGAAGUGCGGCAAGGCCUUCAGUCAGCAUUCACAAUUUAUUCAGCAUCAGAGGAUUCACACUGGAGAGAAGCCCUAUAUGUGCAAUGAAUGUGAGAAAGCCUUCAGUGCACGCUUGUCCCUUAUCCAACACAAGAGAAUUCACACAGGAGAGAAACCCUACAAAUGCACUGAAUGUGGAAAAUCCUUCCGACAAAGCUCUCACCUUAUUCGUCAUCAGAGAGUUCACAGUGGAGAACGACCUUAUACGUGUAAUGAAUGUGGGAAAACUUUUAGUCACAGAAUAACUCUUACUAGUCAUGAGAAAAUUCACACUGGAGAGCAAGCUUAUAAUAUUAAUUGUGGGGCCCCCUUUAGUGCACAGACAGCUUUCAUUCAGCAUCGUAAAGUUCACAAUGGAGAAUAACUCCGCUUUAUUCAAUAAAGUCUUCACGGUUUUACAUCAGAGGCAGUAUACUGAUGGGAAAACUGUACAGCUUUCAUUUUGGAGAUUCAUGUCUCCAGUGAUUUAACAAUCUCCUAGUGCACUGUUAACUAAAGGCAGGCUGCCAAAUUAUGUGCUAAAAAUUCCAAAGUCACAUGCCUACCCUCAGAUUCAGAGGGUGGCCCUGUGCUUGAGUAGUUUAAACAAGCACAGUUUAAAUAUAUUUAUUUAAAAUCAUGUUUUCAUAGCUCCAGACCCUAAGGUGCAAUGAGGUAUUGUAUAUGGCCACUUGCUUUUCUUGUCACCAUCCAUUUUUUUUUUUAUUUUUUUAUU